AUGACUGCCGACCUGAAGAACGAUUCGCCGCCGGACCUCAGCGACGAGGCCGGCACCGUCGACUCUAGCUCGCAAGUAAACGAGAAAGCCCUGCUACGCAAACUUGAUUUGAAGCUUCUACCAGCAGUUGGGAUUCUUUAUCUGCUUUCGUUCUUGGAUCGCAGCAAUGUUGGCAAUGCUCGUAUUGAGGGAAUGAUUGACGAUCUGCAUAUGUCGGGGAAUGAGUAUCUCACUGGCUUGACGCUGUACUUUAUUGGUUAUGUCCUCUUCGAGAUCCCAUGCAACAUUAUCCUCAAGCGAACUACGCCUCGACUCUGGCUGCCAACACUCACUGUGGCCUGGGGUAUCGUUGCGACUCUUCUCGGUAUCGUGCAGAACAAGACUGGUUUCUUCAUUGCUCGAUUCUUCCUUGGUGUAACUGAGAGCGGAUUGUUUCCCGGUGUUGUGUACUACUUCUCCAUGUGGUACAAACGUCGUGAGCGACAAUAUCGUAUCUCGCUAUUCUUCAGCGCUGCAUCACUAGCUGGAGCGUUCGGUGGCAUCUUGGCAUAUGGGAUUGGUAAGAUGGCAGGUGUCGUCUGGGAUAAUGGUUGGCGAUGGAUCUUCAUCUUGGAAGGUAUCGCGACGGUAGUAGUCGCCGUUGCAGCAUACUGGUUCAUCGAGAACUACCCAGAUACCUCAAAAUUCCUCACCAAAUCAGAGCGCUCCUUCAUCCAUGAACGGCUACAUGCAGACAGUGACGCAAUUCGUGAAGAGAAGUUCAGCUGGGCUGCUCCCACCAUCAUCAAGGACCUAGGAUACAAAGCUGCAGUGGCACAGCUCUUGACAAUCCCACCAUACGCCGUCGCCUUUAUCACAACUCUAGGUGUUGCCAUCGCCUCUGAGAAACUCGCCAAACGCGCUUUCUUCAUCGCCGGCUCAGCUGGCGUCGCAGCAAUUGGCUACAUCAUCCUUCUCGCCAACACGAACCCUACCGCAAAACCGGGAGUCUCUUACGUUGGAACAUUCUUCGCCGCAGCCGGAAUCUACCCUGCCACUGCUCUUGUCCUCAGUUGGCCUGCGAUCAACGUAUCUGGACAAACGAAGCGUGCUAUUGCGAAUGCUAUGCAGAUCAGCAUCGGAAACCUUGGUGCAGUCAUGGGUACGCAGCUGUAUCGAUCUGGUGAUGGACCGCGAUUUGUGGUUGGACAUUCUAUGGCUUUGGGGUAUCUUGUCGCUAAUAUUGUGGUUGUGACUAUACUUGGUUGGAGGUUGAAGAAGCAGAAUGAUGCGCGGGCGGCAGUGAGUGAGGAGAUUAAGCACGUUGGAGAAGUGGAGGACUGGAGAGGCGAUACUGAUCCGCGAUGGAGGUUUGAGUAUUAA